AUGACCAUCGCCAACGUCGGCUCCGUCGUGCUGCACCUGGUCGUGUUCCUGACCACGCUCGUCAACUUCAACUCGGCCCUCGCCCACGUCGAGCCCGUCAUGCUCAUCUGCAUCUACAUCCUCUUCAAGCUGCUCGCCCGCACCCCCGACGACUUCUUGGAAUGGCUAUUCCGGGCCCGCGCCACUCUGCGCGCCGUAAUGAGCGCCCCUCGUGUACGUAUCGCUACGGUUGCGGCCCUCGAGCCCGCCGUCGAUGGCCCCGGGCUCCGCGCCGUAGCGUGCGCCGUGGCCACUGUUCCCGGCGUCGUAUUCGGAGGCCCGUGGAAGGAGAUGCUGCAGCCUGAGGAUCUAUCGUCCGUUACCAACCUUUUCAACAACACCAAGCUGUUCCCCUAA